CAUCCCCAUCCGUACACAAAACCACGCUCGCUAUCCCCUCAAUCAAGUCCCCGCCAUGGACAACCAAUCGCCGAUAAAUCACGGACUCUCGUCCUUUCCCAUUGACCCCCAAGCCUUCGAUGCGGACGACCGCAUCUCGUAUUCCAAGCUCGACCAAAAGUUCCUCCUCGUCGCCGACGAUGGCUCCGAGUACGAAUUCGACGACGCGCUGCGGCGGUGGAUCCCAGUCCUCGAUGAUGAACUAGCGGCACAGCAGCAGGCGGCUUAUAAAGUGCAGGGGGUGGAUGAGGAGGAGACCGUGGAGGAUAUGAGGAGGAAGAGGAAGAAGGAGCAUGUCAAUGGAGAAGAAGAUAACGGUGGACGCGCCGUAAAAGCGCCCAAGAAAGCGAAGGCACCCCUCCCACCACGACCCAAUACCGCAGUCUACGUAACUGGCCUCCCGCGCGACGUAACCAUCGACGAGGUCGCCGAAGUCUUCUCGCGCAAAUGCGGCGUGAUCGCUGAGGAGAUCGACAGCGGGCGCCCACGAAUCAAAUUGUACACAGAUGACAGCGGAGCAUUCAAGGGCGACGCGCUGAUUGUGUUCUUCAAAGCGCCCAGCGUGAACAUGGCCAUCACGCUGUUAGACGACACGGAUUUCCGGUACUCGGAUUUGGGCGGCAGCGGAAAGAUGCGCGUGAUGGCGGCGGAUAGCAGUUAUAAGAAGACGAAGGUGGAUGAGGGGAGUGGUAGUACCAGCACAGUUGAUAAGGAGGCAGCGAGGGAGAGGGCGAAGACGAGUGCGCGCGAUAAGGCGAAGAUUAUUAAGAAGACGCAGAAGCUAGAUGCGAGGCUUGCGGACUGGGAUGAUGAUGACCCACAGGUACUGUAUGAGGCUGGGCCGAAACCGCAGAAACUUGUGGUGCUGAAGCACAUGUUCACACUAGAGGAGCUGGAGGAGGACCCGGCUGCGAUGCUGGAUAUCAAAGAGGAUAUCCGCGAGGAGUGCGCGAAGCUUGGUGAGGUGACGAAUGUUGUGCUAUUCGACCUUGAGGAGGCAGGCAUCGCGAGCGUGAGGUUUAGAGAUGAGGCGGCUGCCGCGGAGUGCGUACGUGUUAUGAAUGGGCGGAGCUUUGCGGGUCAGACCGUGGAGGCGUAUUUGAGUGAGGGGAAGGAGGGGUUUAAGAAGAGUAAGGCGAAGGCGCAGGAGGGAGAGGAAGGUGGGGGUGCUUAAGGUAUGGAUAUGGAUGUAUGAGUAUCACGCACAAUAACUGUAUUGUCUGGAGUUGGUUGGGAGCCACGGCUUGGAGAAAGGAGUAGUUGGGAAAAUUAUAGUCCCAAGGAGGUCAUCAUGAAACGAAGCCUGUUGAAGGCACCUAUUGAUAGCAAAAGUAUAUCCUACUUGUAUCGCCCAGAGUCUAAGAAAGGGACUGUGCAUAACAGUGAUCAAGAG